AUGAACGAAAAGCAUAAUGAAGUGUUACUUAAAUUAACAGAGAAACGAAAGGAUGAUGAAGCUGAAUUAGUUCGCAUUAUUUACAAGAAAGCUAUAGAUCCUCUCGAUAUACAUGAACCUAUUGAUAAUUUGUUAGAAACGACGUUAAAUGAAGAUGCAUAUUUUAAGGAGAAGACGUGUAAGGUGAAUAAUGUGACAACAGAUGCCGUGAAGAAAUGUAUUGGUGGUCUGUAUCAUACGUCAUCAAAAGGACUUCAUGGUUACGACAAAAUUGCGAUUCGUGCAAAAAGAUUGGGAGAUAAAUGA